UCAGCCAGUACAGUAGGAAAUAGCUUGUAGCAAAAAACAGGUGGAUUCCAUCCCUCGGCUCCACGAUCGAUCGAUCGACCCCACGCUCCGCCGGCAUGAAGAUUGGCGCUUUCUUGGCGUGAUCUAGGGCAGCGGGAUGGAGCACCCGCAUUGCGGGAGGGCUUUCUUUCUUUCGGCUCCGAGAAUUCCGAGGGAGGAUCGUAGGGCGCCAUGAGGAUUUAAGGGUGGAUCUUGAUAUUUCCAGCGAGCUCCCGCGGCGAUGGUGUCGGAUUUGGUCAGCGUCCGGCCUUCGCCACAAUACAAUGCAAAGGACUCGGUGAAAUUCGUCUCGGACUCGUCGGAGAAUUUCUCUUCCGCGAGCGAUGUUCGUCCCACGGCCGCGGCCACGGCAGCGGCGGUGGCGCAAUUCACCGAGCACGAAGUACAAAGAGGGGACUGGCUCUAUGAUAUCGGGCGGCGUCACAAUGUGGAUUUGAGAUCAUUGCUCAAGGCCAAUCCUAACUUAAUCAAUCCAGAUAGUAUCCACGUAGGGAGCCGGAUCAGGAUUCCACAAGUUUCUUCCUCGUCCAACGUUUGCAUUCCUCCGGUGAGUGUCCGGCAGCCUAUAACACAAACUAGAAACGCUCGAGAAGCAACGGCAAGCACAGUGAAGGAUUCUUCGUUUUCUAGCCAAGCCGAGAAUCUGACGCUCAGUAAGAUCUUCAUGCUGCUUGGGAGCUUCUUGUGGAGAGAUCGAGAUCGAGUUCACAAGGUCGUGGACGGGGAUUCUUUGGAGUGGCUUGCCGAGAAAUAUGGGACCACUGUGAGUGCUCUUCGCAGGCUAAACAAUCUACAGACUGAUACCAUAUACACGGGAAGUGUGUUGAAGAUUGAUAGAGCACACUCUCGUCGUCUGCACGGGACAUACCUUGGAAAGAAAGCAAGCUUCAAAGAAAGGAAUGGUUUGCUGGAUGGCAUUCUCGAGACACCCUUACCUAUUGCCGGGAGGAAAGAACCGAUGCCCGGGCCAUUGAAGUACGUCAAGGUUCGGUAUGGCGAUACUUUGGCAGACAUAGCUUGUGCCAACGGUUUAACCAUCAGGGAGUUGCAAAAGCUUAACCAUUUGCGGGAUGAUGCUAUUUUCGAAGGCGACCACCUUGUCAUCGCUUCAGACCCCACAAGUAUAGACAUCUCGGACAUACGAUCCGGCAGGCGGAGGACCAGUCGUCCAUUGUUCUCCAGGCACACGUCUUCGCUACAAGGAAGCAGUAAAUAUCCAGUCGGAGGUCCGGCUCUCACGUUCAAAGCAAGAGUUGCAAGUGGAGGAAUCAAGCUUGAAGGGCGAUGGAAAACAAAGAAGAAAGGCUUCCAACAACCAAGAGACAAGCGAUUUCAAUUCAGUUCUCCUCUUACUGACGCGUUCAUAAGUAGCCCGUUUGGUUGGCGAUGGGGUGCCUUCCACGAGGGUGUAGAUCUUGCGGCAGAUAAAGGCAGUCCAAUCCUUGCAUCAAACAGAGGACUUGUAACUUUUGCCGGAUGGAGUGGCGGAUAUGGAUACCUGGUUGCAAUUCAACAUGAAGGAGGGUUUGUAACUAGAUACGCGCAUUGCUGUGCCAUUCAUGCUCGCGUUGGUCAGCAAGUCUCGAGAGGCCAGCGAGUCGCAGCGGUAGGAGCCACGGGGCACGCAACUGGGCCUCAUCUUCAUUUUGAAGUUAGAAGGAAUGGUGAGGCACUGGACCCCUUGAAAUGGGUGAACUUGUAGGAUCGAAUAAGCCAGGUUCUGCUCAAAAGUUGAUUACUUAUACAUCUCAUUUAUUUUUCAGCAAUAAGAAAUAUUCUCACAGCUUAAGUUA